UACGAGCUGCGCGUGUUACGCCGUUAUCGGCUGCAACGGCGUGAGGACUACACGCGCUACAACCAGCUGAGCCGUGCUGUGCGCGAGCUGGCGCGGCGCCUGCGGGACCUGCCGGAGCGCGACCCGUUUCGCGUGCGCUCCUCAGCCGUGCUGCUGGACAAACUGUACACUCUCGGCCUAAUCCCCACGCGCAUGUCUCUGGAGCUCUGCGAUUUCGUCACGGCCUCGUCAUUCUGCCGCCGCCGCCCGCCCACUGUGCUCCUUAAGCUGCGCAUGGCGCAGCACCUCCAGGCCGCCGUGGCAUUCGUGGAGCAGGGUCACGUGCGCAUGGGCCCCGACGUGGUCACCGACCCCGCCUUCCUUGUCACGCGCAGCAUGGAGGACUUCGUCACCUGGGUUGACUCGUCCAAGAUCAAGUGGCACGUGCUGGAGUACAAUGAGGAGCGUGAUGACUUCGAUCUGGAAGCCUAG